UCCUGCUCGGUUGUUUUCGCUUCAGGUUCAGUGCAGUCACGAGCGCGGACGCCCCCAAAAAACUCGCCACGCUGUGUGCGCGCGCGCCCACCGCGAUCCCCCUGAUCCCAUUAACGUUUCACCCGCGCGCGCCCACCUGCCGCUGCAAUAUAUUUCGCCGCGCCCCGCGCCACGCCACGCCACGCCACCUUGCGCGCGCGCGCGCACACACACCCCAGCAGCAGAGAUGAGGGGGAUGGGCGACGACGGGAUGGGGCCGAUGGCGAUGGCGCCGCCGCGUUCCGGCCACGCCACGGCGGCGGCACCGCCGCCGCCGCAGCACAAGAUGGCGAUGAUGAUGCACAUGACCUUCUUCUGGAGCGACCGCGCGGUGGUCCUGAUCCGGGGCUGGCCCGGGGAGCGCGGCGCCGGGAUGUACGCCCUCUGCCUCCUCUUCGUGCUCGCGCUCGCCGCGCUCACCGAGGGGCUCUCCGUGCUCUCGCGCCGCCUCGCCCGCCGCGGCGGCGGCGCCGCCUCCUCGGAUGGCGGCCGCCCGGCGCCGGCGCCGGCGUCGUCCGCGGCGCUGCUGACCGCGGUGCACGCGGCCAGGAUGGGGAUGGCGUACCUGGUGAUGCUGGCCGUCAUGUCGUUCAACGUCGGGGUGCUCCUCGCCGCUGUCGCCGGCCACGCCCUCGGGUUCCUCCUCGCGCGGAGCAGGGUGCGGCCGGCCGCCCGUGACGGCGGCGGCGGCGUGGCCUGUGAGCACGGUGGCCUCCCUCCCGCGGAUGGAUCCAAGACUUAGUCCCCAUCGAUUCCGUUAAACGAGUAUGUCCAAGCGCCUUAGCCAGUAGACACUAUGCACUGUAUCGGAUCCAAUGUGAAAAUUUACCUUGGAUAUCUCGCUAAAAUAAUUGUAUUUUGUCGACUUGCUUGAUAUCUGUUCCCGUGCAGUCUUCUCUAGUCGUUUUUCGUUUGUACUCCUAUGUUUCAAGAUGGAAUGAUACUACUACUAGCUAGUAUUGAUGUGAGUUCUCUACUAUGCUAACUUUAGAUGAA